AUGAAUCCAUCAAUUCCUGUCAAACAAGCUCAACCCAAUGUCCCAAUUAGGGCAAAUCCAACGGAAAAUCCCAAGACUGCGCAACGACACGAGGUUUUUGAUCCGGCCAAUGAUGAUCAAAUCAUGGAAGAUGUCACUCCUAGUCCAGAACGAGGCAAAUCAGUUACCAAGCCACAUGCAGCGCCUCAGAAACGUGUCUCUGACAUAUCCCAAACUGUUGACACUAUGGCCAUUCUCAGACGAUGCCUUAAUCAACCUGUUAAUGCGACAUUCGGCGAGUUACUUGGAGUUUCAAAGGACCUUAGGACCCUUCUUAUCAACAGCAUCAAAGGCAAGACCCUUACUGUCAACGAAUUCAAAGCUUCAUUGGCAAACGGCAACUUAAAGCUUUCCAAUAAGGAAGUUCUAAACAUCAUUUGCAGUGCCGAAAAGAACAACAUUCUAAGCAAACAAGCUUGGAAGAAGAUUGUCAGGUUGCCGAUGGACAGCCGGAACACUAUUGUUAUGGUCAAUAUUCAUGGCGGCAAAUCUCACAUGCUUGGAUUUGUUGGAAAUGUUCAACUUGAUAUUGGUACAUUUGAUAUACUCUUGGGACGUCCAUGGACCCGUGACAACUAUGUGGACAUUCUAGAACGAUCCGAAGGGACCUUCAUUGCCUUCUAUGACGUCAAAGAUCCUACAUGUGAGCAGAAAUUCCUUGUGACACCUGAUACUCAGCACAACCGGUAUUACUUCACGGAUACUAUUUACGACAAGACCCCCCAUACGAUGUUAGCACAUAACAACCUCUCCUUAGCUAAUCCGGAUGCCGAAGAAGGUGAAAUUGAAGAAGAUCUAGAACCCGGUGAAUUAUUGGACGACCUUCGCUAUCCAUCACCUACCCCUUCCAUAAUCGAGUUAUCUAUCCUUACUAGGCAACAAUCUCUGAAUCGGGAUGAAUCUGCUAACCCAAAUGAGGACUUAUCCACUUCACAAGAUGCAUCCUCUUUUUCUGACUCCAACUGCGAACAUGACUCGACUCAGGACUCCUCUCACGGUCUCUACGCUUCCGAUUAUGACUCAAUGUAUCAAGAUGACUCGGGAACUUCUCAAUUCAAUGUGUCAAUCCAUUAUGGUCAUAUUUCCACACCACCUUACAAUUCCACACACGAGGCCCCAAAAAUAGAACAGCCACCAUCACCAUCUGUCAAUCCGUCCAUCAAAUCCCACGCUUUAGACAAUAAUGACCCACAUGAAGAAGAACCAGCUGACAACAAUCCAGAAAUGGAACAAUUGAGCUUGCCCAAUGUAGAAGCUAUUCAAUUCUCUUCUGACAAUACUCACCUUACAGCUAUGGGAAUGAUCAACCCCCACUUGCGCUUUGAAGACUGGAUUCUAUACGACGCCACUUAUUUUUCUCCUACUUGUGUUGUUUCUGACCAAACAGGAACGGCCUUUGUCCAUUAUGUUUAUCCGCAGAGAGACAACCAUAUAAACUUGACAACAACUCCAACUAUUCUACACUUUAGUCGCACUGGUACCUCGUCACAAUCUAACCACUCUGCUUCAGUCAGUGCCUAUCCAAUGGGCCAACGUCACUCAGCAUCCUGGACUCAUUUUAUUCCCCAAUCCAUUUGCUCUCAAAAUACUUCUUCUAUUCCCCAACCUCAUUUCCGAAGUUCUGCUCUUCCAGAAACACCUCUUUCGAUUAUGAUUCACCAAGAAAUACGUGUAUCAUUGACGGUCACCGCAAAUGUAGACAAGCAUCAUCGAGGUCCGAAACCUUUGGGACAUCCUUUGCGAGUAGCCCAUGAGAACUCAAAGGAGCCAUUAAACAAGGAUGAAGAAGAGCUACAAAGCGCCCACAAUGGCAAAGAGGUUGACCACAAUUCUUCCCUUUUAUCUCUUCCCACAACCAGCACAAUGCACGAAUCGCGAGCUUCAAAUAUGGACAAUGGAAACGAAUGGUACUAUCAAUAUGGAGAAAAAAGUCCCUUUGGUAUCGACAACACGGAAGAACAUCCCUUGGACGCCAACACAUUGUACUGA